UGAGAAAAGAAUGCGUCUAUUUAAAGACGUUUGGAUUCUCUGUUUGUAUGGGAUCUGAGCUCUGAUGACUCUUUCAGUGAACAAUUGAACAAGUGAUAAAUAGAAAUGCGGAGGCAGCGGCUCCAACAGUGGCAGAAAUCAGCAGAGGGAGAGAUUUCUAAAGAGGACGAAGAAUAUAAGCUGGAUCCCAAAAUCUCGGAAGGUUAUAACCCCAGCGUUCCGCUGCACAGAUUAGAUGUUAAGCAGAUGCUGAUUGUUAAAGAAGAAGCUCCGGCAGACCACAGACAUUGUGCUGACCACCAUGACCCAAAGCUCCACCACAUUAAGGAGGAACAGGAGGAGGUCUGUGUCAGCUUUAAGGAAGAGCAGCUCAGUGAGAAGGAAGAGAUCAAUCCUGUCAGGUUUCCAGUCACUGCUACUCAAAUAAACAGCGGGAAUGAUGAACAGUCCCCUCUGCUCUCCCAGUUUUAUCCUGACUUUUUCAAAGGCAAGAUACAAGAAGGUGAAGAUGGUUCUAUUUACUUAAAGACUGAAGACCCUGCAAAGGAAGAAAAGGAAGAGAAUAUAAAACAUCCCAUCUCAGAGCUGCAACACUUGACAGACACUAGUCUGAAAACUAACAACAUGGACGAUGACUGGGAGGAGAGUAAAGCUCCUGAGUCAGACGGAAACCUCGGAAACAAACCAUUUAGAUCUUUUGAGAUUGCUGAACAAUUGGUUCAACAUGGUUUUAAUCAAAAAUACACAAUCAACUCAGAUAUAGGGUCUUCCAGCUCAUUGGGAAAUAAAUGUUUUACAGAUAAGAGAAAUGUCGACUCGGGAAGGGAAGUCCAGACAGAUAAGAAGUUUACCUGUGAAGACUGUGGUAAAAUGUUUAGUAUAAAGAGCAAUUUUAAUAGACACAAGAUGAUCCACACAGGGCUGAAACCUUUUUGUUGUGAUCUAUGUGGACAUAGCUUUAGCCUUAAAGGAAAUUUAAAAGCACACAUGAGAGUUCACACAGGACAGAAACCUUACUGCUGUGAUAUAUGUGGACAAAGGUUUAGCCAAAAAUCUAAUUUAAACACACACCUUAUAGUACACACAGGAAACAAACCUUUCUAUUGUGAUCACUGUGGACAAAGCUUUAGCCUUAAAAGGAAUUUUAACAUACACAUGAGAAUCCACACGGGGCUGAAACCUUACCAUUGUGAUCUAUGUGGACAGAGAUUUAGGGAUAAAGGAGAUUUGAACGCACAUAUAAGAAUCCACACAGGACAGAAACCAUACUUUUGUGAUCUAUGUGGGCAAAGGUUUAGUCAAAAAGAGAAUUUUAAGAAACACUCAAGAAUCCACACAGGACAGAAACCUUUCUGCUGCGACGUAUGUGGUAAAAAAUUCAACAGAAAAGAAAAUUUAAAGACGCAUUUAAGAAUCCACACAGACGAGAAACACUUCUGUUGUGAUCAAUGUGGACAACGAUUUAGACGAAAAGAGCAUCUAAACAUGCACUUGAGAAUUCAUAAAGGAGAGAAACCUUUCUGUUGUGACCUGUGUGAACAAAGAUUUACCCGAAAAGCAACUCUAAACAAACACAUGAAAACCCACACCAAUCAACAGCUGGCUAAAGUUUGAAAACUCAAACUAUGACGCUGCAGUUAGCUGUGAAAUAUUACUGUUGACAUGACAGCAGUUGUUCGUGAUCAGUGCGGCAUAUGCUGUGCUAUAAGCCCUUUUCACACUACCCUUUUGAAACUGAGCUGAGAACGGUCUGACAGUAACCAACUAACUAACUGAUGAGUGUAAAUAGAACAUAAUUGAACUGGACCGUGCAAGACACAACUGAACCGCUCUACAUAUAGUACUAGUUCAAUUGUAGGGCUCUGCACGAUUCAAUUGUGGCUCAGUUCUCUGAAACCAAGCAGCGCAUGUGUGCAUCAUCUCUUAUUUACAGUCAGCUGACUCAUUUCGCUGGUUUUCAGGCGUGUCCGGCUUUAUAAAUCACAGAUCUCUCCACCUGUUAACAAAUGAACUUCUUCUCCGCCUAUUAACAAUAAAUUACAUCAAAAGAGCGUGGUGGGACCUGGGAUGAUGCCGAGACUGAGGCUCUCAUUGAAAUUUGGGCAGAGAACGCUAUCCAGGCACAUAAGUUCCUAAAUGUUAUGGGCGCCACAAUUUUUUGGGGGGGUAAUUCCUGCCUUGAGAGCUGUAGUAUGGAUGACUGCCGAUAGGAGGCAAGGAACGGAGCUAGCAUGAUGUGUAAAUGGUCAUAAGGAACCAAGCUCGGCACAGUUAACUGAUCCAAGCUCAGUCCGAACUCGGCAUGGAUCCGUUUCAGAGGGGUAGUGUAAAUGGGGCAAUAGAGAAUGAGAUUUUUUUUCAGGACUCCCACAUGAUGGAAGUUAACUAAGGAUCAUGGGAUUAGGACAGUAUAGGAUUACCAAAUUGCCGGAAACCUUAAAGGCCAAAUAAAGGUACUUCUCAAUUUUAUCAAAUGUAAUAGUAAUUGAAACCCUGUAUUGGUGUAUACUCAUGUAAUAUCUUGGCUUUUUAGCAUUGGCAAAUUGAUCGUUGUUUAAGUCACAUCAUGGCAUAAUGCGAAUACCUCAAAUUGGUAAGCACACAGGUCAUGGCAGAAGUGGUAUCUAAAUAAUACUGGCCUUAAGGAAAGAGCUAGGGCGUAAAGACACAGCGUACCACACAGAGUUAAACAAAAAUAUAUGCGUUUUAGUUUUAUAAUGGAGAGCUUUAGCCAUUCAUUACUUAUGUGUAACUUGUUUUUUCGUAGUUUUUUCCCCUAUGGCUAAAGCCCUAAUUUUACAGGCAUCAUUCCUGUAUGUUUCCAUCAUGUAAUGAUAUCCAUAAGGCUGAAGGCUGUCUGGAUUUAGCACAGCAUGCUGGAGUUCCUCUCCUAUCUUAGAUAAGAUCAGGAGGUAGGAGCUACAGUUUAGGGUAUUCUCCUUUUCGGGUCCCGAACUGACACUUUUCUAUUGGAGGAAAAAACAAACUGAAUAUCUCAACUUUGUACUAUUUAAUUUCAUAAUAUUGCUGAUUUUCAAUAUCUGCCAUAGUGCUCUUCCUUUACACCUUGCAUGUGUUUAUUUCAAAUAAUAUAUUCCUGCAUCUAUUUAUGUAAACUGUAUGUUUUUAAGUGUUGAGAACCUUGUCACCCAAAUAAAUUCCUUUUUAUGUGUUACA